UCCAACUUUGGCCUCUCACUGUCUGACGUGUGGCCAGUUUGGACGCAAUCCAGAGGAGAAAUGUCGCAGUAUUCUGGAAAGAUCUGUUUUUAUGAGGGCCGCUGCUUCACCGGCCGCUGUCUGGAGGUGUAUGGAGACUGCGAUAACUUCCAAGACCGCGGCUUCAUGAACCGCGUCAACUCCAUCCGUGUGGAGAGCGGAGCCUGGAUCUGCUACGACCACCCCGACUUCAAGGGCCAGCAGUACAUCCUGGAGCGCGGAGAGUACCCCGAAUUCCAGCGCUGGAACUCCCACAAUGACCACAUGGGCUCCUGCAGACCCAUCCGCAUGCACGGUGAGCAGUACCGUAUGGAGCUGUUCGAGGGCUGUAAUUACACCGGUCAGUGUAUGGAGCUGUGCGACGACUGUCCAUUCCUGCAGAGCCGCGGAUUCAACACAAACUGCGUCAACUCUGUGCGCGUCUUCGGAGACGGAGCCUGGGUGAUGUAUGAGGAGCCUAACUUCCGCGGCCGCAUGUACAUUGUGGAGAGAGGAAACUAUUGCGGCCACAACGAAUGGCAGGCGCAGAAUCCCCACAUCCAGUCCAUCCGCAGGAUCGUCAACUACUUCUAAACCCUCCGCACAAUCCUCUCUGACUCUCCAUAUGUAAAAUAAACUCUCAGCAACAGCCAGCAAGAUGCUAUUUUAUCACACAAACGUCUCUGUGUCGUCACUCCAUCCACUGCAGCGCUCACACUCUUACUGAUGUUGCAAUCAGCUUUAUUUAUUUUAAGAUAUGGAUCAUGCUAUUCACUAAAUAUGCAUUGAGUUUGAAUAAACGUGACAUUUUUAUAAUGUUGCGAUAGAUUCUGUUUGAAAUAAAUACGGUUCUUUGACAUUUUUCAUCUGUAAAUGCUGAAAAUUCAUCACAAAAUAAGGAAGCAGCUCAACUUUUCAAUGCAAUGCAACAACUUUCAAUGCUGAUAUAGUAAUA